AUGAUACACAGUCUGACAGCUCCAGUCUCAGCUGAGUCCCAGCCUCCUUUCCGCUCCUCUCCCGUCUCACUAAAAAAACCGCGCCCGGGACCACACCUCCGCCACAAAGCUAAAAACAAAAACUGUCCCAUUUGUAAAAGAAAAUCUUCAAAGGAUCGUCCUGAUGUGAACUUUACACUGAAAGAACUUGCUGAUUCAUUUACUGACACAAAGAAAUCUGGAUCAUCUGAGACAGAAAAAGGAGAGAAGAAAUUAACAGUGGUGUGCAGUAAACAUGAGGAAGUGCCUAAACUGUUCUGUGUGGACGAGCAGAGAGCUGUGUGUCCUGUGUGUGAGUUUUCUCUCCACCAGAGUCACAAAGUGGUUCCUGUAGAAGAAGCAGUCAGUGACCUGAAGGAGCAGCUGAAAUCUGACUUAAAGUCUCUGCAGGACAAGAGGAACAAAUACAAACAAGUGGAGGAAACAUACAAUGAAAUGAGGGAACACAUGAAGAAGCAGCUGUUGUCCACAGAGAGGCAGAUCAGAGCAGAGUUCAACAAGCUCCAGCAGUUCCUGAAAGAGGAAGAGGAGUCCAGACUGGCAGCUCUGAGGGAGGAAGAGGAGCAGAAGGGGAGGACUAUCAGCAGAGAGAUGAAGAUGAUUGAGGAGCAGAUCUCCUCUCUGUCAGACAGCAUCUCUGCUGUUGAAGAAGAGCUGCAGAAACACAGCGUGCCAUUCCUCAGCAGUUAUAAAGACACUCAGAGCAGAGCCAGAGCCCAGAGCUCAGUGUCAGAUCCACAGCUGGUCUCAGGAGCACUGAUAGAUGUGGCCAAACACCUGGGCAACCUGUCCUUCAGAGUGUGGGAGAAGAUGAAGGAGAAGGUCCACUUCAGUCCUGUCAUUCUGGACCCAAACACUGCAAGUGGGUGGUCUUUUGUCUCUGAUGAUUUGACCAGCGUGAGGCAUGGAGACAGAAAGCAGCAGCUUCCUGAUAAUCCAGAGAGAAACACUUAUUAUUGCUGGGUUUUUGUCUCUGAGGGUUUCAGCUCAGGGAAACACAGCUGGGAGGUGGAGGUGGGAGACCAUCCUGAUUGGCUUGUGGGUUUAGUUAAAGAGUCAGUUGGCAGGAAGGGAGAGUGUUCUGUUUCACCAAAAUAUGGAAUCUGGUGUUUAGGAUAUCAUAGUGGAAAAUACACUAAUUGUGUUCACUGUUAG